AUGGCAGCUCGACGCGCGAUCUCGAGCCGCACACUGCAGAGCUUGACCCUUCGACCGACUGUCACCAGAGCUUCACGAGUCGUCAGCAAGAUGCCGCAGAACGGCAACGAGACUGCCAAUGCCGUGCGAAGGCUCCAUGCCACAUCGCAGCAACUUGCGGCUACCACUACAGCAGCAUCGUCUCCGCAGCAAUACCCUACGACUCACGAGAAGGUUGACCAGCCAUUGAACACCCAGAACUUCAUCGACAACAAGUUCGUGGCCUCGGACGCUACGCAAUGGAUCGACCUCCACGACCCAGCGACCAACAACCUCGUCACUCGCGUCCCACAAUCUACAGAUGCCGAGCUGAAGGCUGCCGUGGACAGCGCCCAGAAGGCGUUUCCAGGAUGGAAGGCAAUGAGCGUGCUGGCAAGACAACAGAUCAUGUUCAAGUACACGGCACUCAUUCGUGAGCACUGGGACCGUCUUGCGGCGAGCAUUACACUGGAACAGGGCAAGACCUUUGCAGAUGCCAAAGGUGAUGUUCUGCGUGGUCUGCAAGUCGCAGAGACUGCUUGCGGUAUUACGACUCAGAUCACUGGCGAGGUGCUCGAGGUCGCAAAGGACAUGGAGACCCGCUCGUACAGGGAGCCAUUGGGUGUCGUUGCUGCCAUCUGCCCAUUCAACUUCCCGGCUAUGAUCCCACUCUGGACUAUCCCAAUUGCAACCAUCACUGGUAACACCUGCAUCAUCAAGCCUUCCGAGCGUGACCCAGGAGCUUGCAUGAUCCUCGCCGAGCUUGCUGAGAAGGCUGGCUUCCCACCUGGCGUUGUCAACAUCAUCCACGGCUCAGCCAAGACCGUCGACUUCAUCAUCGACGAGCCACGCAUCAAGGCCGUCUCCUUCGUCGGCUCCAACAAGGCUGGUGAGUACAUCUACAGCCGCUGCAGCGCCAACGGCAAGCGUGUGCAAGCCAACCUGGGAGCCAAGAACCACUGCGCAGUCCUUCCAGAUUGCAACAAGAACCAGGCUCUCAACGCCAUUGCCGGUGCUGCGUUCGGUGCAGCAGGCCAGCGAUGCAUGGCUCUUUCCACCCUCGUCUUCGUUGGCGAGACCAAGGACUGGGCACCAGAGAUCGCCGAGCGUGCAAAGGGUCUCAGCAUGAACGGUGGUUUCGAAGAGGGCGCAGAUCUCGGUCCAGUCAUCUCACCACAAGCCAAGGAGAGAAUCGAGAGCCUUAUCGCCAGCGCCGAGAAGGAGGGCGCAACCAUUGUCCUUGAUGGACGAGGCCAGAAGCCAGAGAAGUACCCCAACGGCAACUGGGUCGGCCCCACCAUCAUCGCCAACGUAACCAAAGACAUGACCUGCUACAAAGAAGAAAUCUUCGGCCCCGUCCUCGUCUGCCUCAACGUCCAAACCCUCGACGAAGCCAUCGAACUCAUCAACGCCAACGAAUACGGCAACGGAACCGCCAUCUUCACCUCCAACGGCGCCACCGCCGGCAAGUUCCAGAAAGAGAUCGAGGCCGGACAAGUUGGGAUUAAUGUCCCUAUCCCAGUGCCGUUGCCAGUGUUCAGCUUCACGGGCAACAAGAAGAGUAUCGCGGGUGGAGGUGCAAAUACGUUUUAUGGAAAGAGUGGGUUGCAGUUUUAUACGCAGCAGAAGACGGUGACGAGUUUGUGGAGGAGUGAGGAUGCGACGAAUACGAGGGCUAGUGUUAAUAUGCCGACGCAGUCGUAG